AUGAAUGGAAAGAAGCCUAAAACAAUUCUAACAGAUCAAGAUGCUGCAAUGGCUAAGGCUAUUUCUUUAGUUAUGCCAGAAAUAUUUCAUGGAUUAUGCACUUGGCAUAUAAGACAAAAUUCUCUAAGGCAUGUGAACCAUCUAUAUCAAAAAAGUCCACAAUUCUCUUUGGAUUUUGAGGCAUGCAUAGACUUACACGAAGAAGAAGGAGAAUUUUUAAAAGCAUGGAAUUCUUUACUUAUUGAGCAUAAUGUUUCGAAAGGAUCAUGGCUGCAUAUGAUUUUUCAGUUGAAGGAAAAAUGGGCAUGGACUUAUGUUCGUAAAACAUUCACUGCAGGUAUGAGAUCUACUCAAUUAAGUGAAAGCUUUAAUGCUGAUUUGAAAAACCAUUUGAAGUCGGAUUUAAAUUUGGUGCAAUUUUUUACACACUUUAAAAGGGCUGUCAAUGGUAAACGGAACAAUGAGGCCGAAGCAGAAUAUGAGUCCAAACAUAAACUACCUAGGUUGAAAAUGAAGAAGGCUCGUAUGCUCGUGCAAGCGGGAAAUAUUUACACUCCAAAAUGUUUUGAGGAAUUCCAAGAGGAAUAUGAGGAAUAUCAAGACACUUGCAUAAAGGAGUUGAAAGAAGGUAUGUAUGCUGUUACAAAUUAUGGCAAUGUAAAGGAGAGGAUAGUAAUGGGUGAUCUUACGGAACACAGAGUUUCUUGUGAUUGUCGUAAAUUUGAGACACACGGCAUCUUAUGCAAUCAUGCUUUGAAAGUUUUAGAUGUCAUGAAUAUUAAGUUAAUACCAGAACAGUAUAUACUAAAGCGGUGGACAAGAGAUGCAAAGUUGGGAAAUAAUCAAGAUUGGAAAGGAAAACAUGUUGAGUUAGACAUGAAAGCUCAUUUCAUGAAGCGGUACAAUGAGUUAUGUCCUCGAAUGAUUAAAUUGACCAAUAGAGCUUUCGAGUCUCACGAAACUUACACAUUUUUGUCCAAAGUUUAUGAAGAAUCCAACAAAAUAGUUGAUGACAUGUUGACCAAAAAGUAUGUGGAUAUAGAAUCAAGUGGAAAGGUUCAUGUAUCUAUUUCAAUUGAAAAUAAGGAAAUUGACAACAAGGCGGACACUACUUGCGGGGCAAAAGGCAUAAAGAAGCGAGAUUGUUCACGUAAUAACAAAAAACGUGAUAAAUCUUGGGUUGAGAAAUUGGCUAGAAAGACAAAGAGAUAUUCACAAAAAAAGAGAAAAUUGCAAGAAAAUCUAGUUGACACAGCGAGACUUCCUAGUCAAGUUGAUACAACAGGAUUUCAAUAUCAAGCUUCGAGUCAAGCUGACGACGAAGUUGAUAUAACGGGAUUUCAACAACAAACUUUAUGUCAAGUCGACACAUUGGAGCUUCAUAAUUUCUUUUAA